UUUUGGAACAGUGUGCUGUUAAGCGACAUCAACAUCCCUAGCGUCUAUAACUUUUUUUUGUUUGUAAUAAAGUGAUUUAAUCCGAUUUUGCAUGUCUGCUAUUUAGGCAAGGAUUCCUGUGGCGGCCCAUGCGAGUGGCAUAAAAUGGAAGAAAUGUGUAAGAAUGUGAAAUCCGCCUCCCAUGGAUCAGCAGCAGCAGCAGCGAUUGCCAAUGUUCCUCCACCCGUUGUUGUCGCUCCGGAGACGGAGCACUUCACUGUCCCCCCCGCCCUGCACAAUGGCAAGGUUGUGCACUUUAAGUUGGCGCCCACCGCUUCAGUUGCUGCCCCCGCCACAGUGGAGCCCGUGGAAGAGCUGCUCGGUUCUGUCAUUACGCACAAUUGCCCCGGGACGCGUGCCAGUGCACGGGUAAUACAGAAAAUGAAGCAAGAUCAGACCCGCCCAAUGACGCCGCCGCCACCAGAAAAAGAGCACAGCAAAAAGGAGGAGAAACCAACACAGAAGACACCAUCACAGAUACGAACAGGCAAUGGUCGAACAUCGUGGACGAAUGUCGAGCGAAAUUGCUUCUUCGAUGCAUUGAAUGAGUUUGGCAAGGACUUUGAGGCGGUGGCCCAGUGCAUAAAUGCAAAGCUAAAGCGUCGCAAUGCCAACAGCGAGUACAGCUUCAAGACCAAGGACCAAGUGCGCCAGCAUUAUUAUCAAACGUAUCACAAGAUAUGCAAAUAUGUGCGCUAUUCGGAUGAGCUAAAGAAACUCGCACAGGAGCUGUACACAUUGAUUAAUUAUGGGGAAAUGCGUCGAAAGUUGCAGUUCCUUACCGAGAAGCAUUUUAUGAAGCUAAAGCCAUUGAUCUACCAAGGACAAAUCACGAUACGUUGCAAGGGCAAGAACAUACGCAUUAAGACGCCAUCCUGCAAGGCAUUGCGUCGUCUCAAUCAGCUCGAUGAUUCCUUGGAUGACAUACGGCUGCCCAGCAAGGUGGAGGUGCUGCUGAGUCCAGCUAAUAUGGAAACCUUUGGCAGGGUUCAAGCAUUAGCCCAGAAUCCCCGUGGACGCAUCAUUGUGCCGCUGCACAAGAAACUUGUCAGUUUCAUUAAAAUAUUUGAGUACAAAUGGCGCAGUGCCAACCAGCGUUUGCACGAGGAGAAGUCUUCCCUUUAUCCUAAUAUUACUGCCACUGCCAGCAGCAGCAGCGGAACAACCAGCAGCACAACCACAGCAGAGUCAGAGCAGCAGCAGCCACCACCUCAACCACAACCGACAGCACCAGUGGAGCCAUCGUUAUGCUUCCAGCCCAAGCCCGGUGUGGCCAUCCAUCGACCGCUGCUGAAUAUCACAGCGCAUCUGAACAGCAUUGACAUCUGCCUGACCGCCUACGAGGAGCGCAUGGGCGUCAAAGUGCGCAGCGAGACGCUCGGCAACAGUGCGGCAGUGGCGGUGGCUGCCAGCAAGCGACCGCGCACCGAAAGUGGCUCCGAGAAGCGUUCCCCGGAGGCCAAGAAGCCCAAGACCAGAGCCAGCCCAGUGCUGGAGAAAUCACUGGAAGAGGCAGUCGCUCCACUCGAACAGAACAAUCUCAAGCUGGAGGCUGCUGUCAAGCUGGAAGCGGUCAAGCUGGAGGUGUGCAGCGGCGAUGAGCUGGAAACGCACGAGGAUCUGCCAACCAGUGAAGCGGCAGCAGCAGCAGCACUACCACCACAGCCACCGCCACAGCCAGCAGCAGCUACAGUGGCAGCUCCUCCGGCUGUGACAGCAGCUCCAGCGGCAGUGGCACGCUCCAAGCGCAAGGAGGCAAAAGAGGCAGCCGCUGCCGCUGCUGCGCGUAACUUUAAGCCGCUGCUAAGCGACAAUACCAUCAAGCGUAUGCGCCGUGGCUGGACCGUAUCGAAUGCAGCGGACAUAACCAUUGGGGAUCUGUAUGUGGUGCUGGGACAGGACUCAAAAGUUGAGCUGGAGUAUUAUUGGUGCGAGGCCGAGACGCAGGCGACGCAGGGUGUGCCAGCGACGACCACGGCAACGACAACGUCAGCCACAUCGCUGCCCUACAAUACGAAUGACUGUGAUAGCGUGGAGCGUGUCAAGGCUGUGACCACAUCGACGGUUAGCAAUAAGCUGAAGCAUCUACUGCUCGUGGCAAAUCUCAGUGAACGUGUGCGCAAGCGUCAGUGCAAUUGUGGCCACACCUGUGAUCGCAAGCGCGACCUGGUGAGCAAGGCACAGCAGUUGGCGGGCGCCAAUGAAGCGGCUGCUGCCGGUGAUGGCACAUUCCGUACGCCCAUGCUGCCAGUGCGACGUCCCAUAGCUAAUUUUAUUGAUCCAGUGCGUCAGCUAACGGCGCUUACGCGACAGAAGAUCAACCGGCAGGUUCUGGUGCAUCGACGUCUGCUGCCGGGCAUACCCGCUCCUCGUCCCUACGAUCAGCUGAGCGUGCGGCAGCUGCACAAUGGACUCUUUGAGCCAAUUGAGCGCGCGGGUCUCACAACGGGCAUACAACGUGUCGGCAGCAGUGAGCAGCAGCAGCAGCAGCACACACAGCAUGCAGUGGCGCAGGACAUGGAGGCGGUGGCCAGUCGUGGCCCAGCGAGGGAUAUGCCAAAUUUGGACGUUGUGCCGCCAACAGCAUUAAACGAUGAAACGCUGCCUGAGGCAGUGCAAGAUGAGAGCACAACACAAAACUUCUUUCGUGGCAGCGUCAGUCCAAUGCAUUUGCUGCGUGAUUCUACAUCGAAUGCACGCUGGCUGGAGGACAAUAUAAAUGAUUUUUCGCUAACAUCGCUGCUGGGACAUUUGGAUGGAAUCGAUGCCACCAGGGACAUAAUUGAUCCCUCGUCCAGCAUGUCCGUCAUCAGUGAGAGUAGCGUGGAUUUUCGUCACAAGUUCCAGGAGAUUGCCGCACUGCUGCAGCAGCAGGAAAAGGAUUAGCAGCCAGCCAUCCAGUCGGUCCAGCACGUGUGCCUCCAGCUCCAGUUCCCAUUUAUAUUUUCCAUUUAUGCAUAAAAUCGA